AUGAGACAACCUACCGGUUUUGUUGAUCCCGUAUACCCUGAGCAUGUUUGCUUGCUUCAAAAGUCUAUUUAUGGUUUGAAGCAAUCGCCACGACAAUGGUUUGAAACAUUUUCUGCAUAUCUACUUCAGUAUGGAUUUAUCCAUAGCUCGGCUGAUUCUUCUUUGCUACUAUUUCACAAAGAAUCCAUUAUUCUCUACAUUUUAGUUUAUGUAGAUGAUAUUUUGUUAACCGGCAAUCAUGAACAAACUAUCCAGCAGCUUCUAAAUGGAUUAUCCACUCAUUUUCACAUGAAAAAUUUGGGAAACAUUUCCUAUUUUCUCGGUAUGCAGGUUUCUCAUACACCAACUGGAAUUCAUUUGGCCCAGUCCAAAUAUGCCGCUGAAAUCUUGAACCGUGCGGGCAUGUCUGAGUGCAAACCUAUUGCGUCUCCAGCUCCUUCCAAACUGCAGCCAUACUCUCAAUCUGAACUGUCAGCAGUUCAAUCAGAAAAUUUUAGACAUAUUGUCGGAUCAUUGCAAUACUUGACUAUCACCCGUCCUGAUAUAGCUUUUACUGUUAAUAAACUAUGCCAGCAUAUGCAUAUGCCUCUUGAAGACGAUUUCAAAUUGCUCAAACGUCUCCUUCGCUAUAUCAAAGGUACCAUUCUAUUUGGUUUACCGAUCUCGUCUGGUUCUCUAGAGUUAUCUGCAUUUUCUGAUUCUGAUUGGGCGGGUGAUCCCAUUGACCGCAAGUCGACUUCUGGAUAUUGUGCCUUUCUUGGUAAUUCUCUUAUCUCAUGGCAUGUUAAGAAACAGAAAACUGUAGCUAGAUCUUCAUCCGAAGCUGAGUAUCGUGCACUCGCUACUGCCACUACGGAUAUUAUUUGGCUCCGUCGACUGCUCCAAGAAUUUCAGCUCAAUGUCUCACAACCCACUCGGCUAUUUUGUGAUAAUAUAUCGGCUAUGGUAAUUGCUACUAAUCCCAUCUUUCAUGCCAGGACAAAGCAUAUUGAGAUAGAUUUUCAAUUUAUUCGUGAUUGCAUUAAGAGCAAAGUCAUUCAAAUUGAGUUACCUAUAUAG